AGAAAUAAAGAAUUUUACAAAAAUGAACUGGGCGAUAAUUCCAGCAAGAUGUUGUGCUGAUGAAAACAAUGUCAAUGCGGAUUUGGAGCCACAGCACAGUCGCACUUUCACUAAUGGCAAUGGUAAUCCUGGCGAGCGUUGGACAAUCAACCGGUCGAUCCGGGGGCCAAUCAGAUUCAAAUGUUCCCUGGUCUAGGCGGCACUACAGCAGCGAAAGAAGGGACGAGAAGGAUUGGCGGGAUAUGCCACCAGCGGAGCCACGAUUCCUCUCCGAUCCGGAGGUACUCUUCCAACGGUUGGACGACAUGGAGCAGAAGGGCAUUAAGUCAGUGAGUCCUGAUAAAGGAUCAUCUCUUAGCAAGGCAAAGUCGGAAAACUUCCUAGUUGGUUCCAAGAAUAUUAACGACCAGUUGUUCAAACAAGAGCUAUCCAAAUUUCCCACGAUUGACCAGGAGUUGGGCCAGGAUUAUGGUCUUGCAAAGAAGGUGGAGGAUCCCUUCGAGUCACUGGCCCGAAUGAAUUUUAAUGAACAGCCCCUGGAGCAUAAAACUGAUAGGGAAUUGAAGAGAAUGUUGGGUUACUACCGGCGAAAGGAUCGGGAUGAACAGCCCGCUGUGGCCACGGCCAAUCUGUUGGCCAAGGUCAUUAGCUCCAAGGUGGAUCAACCGAGGGUGUCGUUAAAAGGUCAGGGUCAGACCUGUCGGGCCACCACACCACGUCCGUUGUCCACGAUGAGAAGCACCACCACGACGACAACCCGGCGGACAUCCACUAGCACCACCAACCGUAGUCCCUCCACUUUCUGCCUGCCCGAACCUGAACCCUCUGCCGAUCGGCUUAUCAAGCUCCUGCCUUCAACUCCACCACCAGCUCCUCCUCCACCUCCACGUCCUCCUCCAGCCACUCGAAAGCCUUGCGGAAAUCGGGUAAAGCCCAGUAAGUGCCGAAUGAAAUCCAAGUCCAAAAAACAUGGAGGCACCAAGAAGCUGCUAGACAUAAUUUUGUCUACCAAGCAGCAUGCACUUUCGGUGCUCAAGUGCCUCAACCACCUGGAAAUGGAGCUGCUCAGCAGGUCGGCAGAGGACGAGGGUUCGGAUAAGCUAAGGGCUAAGGUACAACCGGGUCCAAAAAAGACCUCUGAACGAUUGGAGAAACCCCCGAAGACCAAUUCUCGGGUAUUCUCCUUCGGAAUACGACCGGCGAGCCAAAAGGAAAGCAUGUACGAUUUGGCUUUGGCCAAGGAGGAGGAACUGAAGCUGGAGGAUCGGGUGUGGGAGGAGCACCAGCAGCAGAUGAAGCUGAGGAGGCCCAUAAAACCGAAGCGUUUCGAGGCUGCUCCGGAGGCGGCUGCUCGACUGGAACUCUUACAGGAACCUCGAAAGCCCCACGAGUCCUUGGAUCCCUUGGAUUCCGUGGAACCAAAGACUCCCGCCGACGACAGACGCAUUAAUCUGGAAGCUUUGAGCGUGGUCGUGAAACCCAUGUCCCCUCCGGUUCCCAGGAAGGAUUCAUCCAAUCCUUCAGCCCACUGGAAUCAAUCUCUUUUACCCCGGGCCGAAAUGAAAGCCAUUCGAGUGGAGGGCCCCAUUGAUGACGAACUGCAGCCAAGUAAAAUGUUGCAAAAGCGAAGGAGGAAAAAGAAAAAACACAAGCUAUAUGCCCAGGAACAGCAGACGGAAGCCAAUAGACUUCCCAUUGCCGGCGUUUUCUAUUAGGGCCCUUAUAUAAACAUAAGCGGUGUUUUAUUUGAAAUAUUUUCUAAAAAUAAAAAUAUAUUUUUGACAAAACCAAAA